CGACUUCCCUGUUCAUCAGUCCCUGCCCUUUGCGGGGCACCGCAGCCGGUUGGGUGACUUCCUCACGGCGGAUGUGAUGGUUGCUGCAGGUUCGGCAGCCUUGGUCACUCCUGCUGUUAUGAUCCUAGACAGGUAGGAGCUUCCUCUCCUGUUCACCCACCUGGCAGUGGUACUGACUAUCAUCUAGACUGGUCGUUGAGAAGUCAUCGCACAACCAACCUAUGCUUCCUGCCUUCCGCCGCCACCUCUGGCUCUCCAUCACACAGCCUGCCACCUUCCUGACCUCUCGACCCACUCUGCUCGUCUGGUCUCUCUACACAGCCACCUUUGCAGCCGCCAAUGCUACAGAGACCAUCCUGGACCAAGUCUACCCUCACGUCGACCAUGCCAUGGCAGGGGUGGCCACCUUCAUGAGUACCUUUGUGGUCAACUCGUCUGUGGGCAUUUGGAAGGACGUCAAGUUCGCCCAGCUGUUCGGCCACAGCAACGCCACCCCUCCCACUCCUGCUCCCAAGACCACGACCUCUGCUGCUCCGUCCCAAAGCAAGAUCCUCCGCUCCGUCAGCCGCACCAUCCCCUUUGCCACCUACUCGGCCUUCCUGGUGCGCGAUGCCCUCACCAUCUUCGGUUCCUUCAGUCUCCCCGCCAUGGUCUCAGCUUCCAUCCCGGACUCUAUUGCCUCCAGCGAAUACCUGAAGAUCCUGUUCGCGCAGCUGGUCAUUCCGGCCUCCAUUCAGCUGGUCAGCACUCCAAUUCAUCUACUCGGGCUUGAUCUCUACAACCGGCCCAUGCAACUCUCGGCCUCGGACCGAUUGAGUCGGGUGAGCAGGGACUGGAUCGGGGCGUCCCUGACGCGUAUGUGUCGGAUUAUUCCCGCGUUCGGGAUCGGCGGGUUCGCCAAUACCGAAGGCCGGGCGUUCCUGCACCAGCAAUUGCGGCGAUGUGAGGACUGAUUUUCUGCGAUGGCCAAUCAGGAUGUCAGAAGUCCAUUAUGAUUCUGAAUGACUCAAAGAAAACCAACUCCGUUGCCUGCGAUAACCGCACCGAGAAAAU